AUGCUGUACGACCGGGCCAUUGCCAAGGUGCUGUUAGUCCUCACUACCGCCCUCUAUGUUUACUACAUCCUCUGGAUUGGCGUCACGCCAUUCAUAGAUCCCUCACACUUCACGCAGCGUUUGUUUCCGCCGCGGGAGUACGGCCUGCUGCUGGCGGCGGCUGUGAUGACGGUGGGGCUCGGCCUCUCCAUGACGGUGGCGUCAGUGCACACCAUACGGCGAACGGGGAUGAGGGAUGAGGUGCAGACCCCACACGCACCGCAGGUGGAAAGAUACGAUGCGGAAGGGCGUUUUUCAUAA